AUGUUCAAGUUCGACUUUGAUGUGGAUGACGGCGAUCCAAAUAUUCCAGACUUUGCGAAUGCUCAGCCGCCUACCAAACUCAGAAAGGAUGAGCCUCACGCAGAGGGUGUUCUUCCUUCGGAACAGAAUGCGCCUGUCGUAGACCACCUUCUGGACGAGCUACUCGAUGCUCUCCCUCCAGCCAUUUCAUUCUCGCCAAUUAACAUACCUGUCGGCAAAAAUGAUACGGUCAUCCUUGCUCGGAGAGACCUAUUCGAUGCCCGCUUUCAGCUGAUAUCUCUCGAGGAACCAGAGUUGGAGCAUCUUCCCAAAUCAUCGUCACAAAAAGAGUCAAAAGGAAGACAGGACCUCGAAUUCCUCGACGCUCCAUCGGAUCUCGUCCCUGGAGUUUAUGAAGGUGGCUUGAAGACUUGGGAGUGUGCACUCGACCUUGCAGGCUGUCUGGACGACUUGCUCGGCGAUGAUGCAGCUAAGCAGUUGAGAGGCAAGAGGGUGCUGGAGCUUGGGUGUGGUACUGCGAUCCCCUGCUUGUACGUGCUCCAUCGACUUUUCUCUGUCGAACCUACAUCAGAACAAACCGAGACACUUGUACACAUGCAAGACUACAAUUCCCUUGUUCUCCGCCUGGUCACCCUCCCAAAUGUCAUACUCGCGUGGUGUGAGUAUAUGUCCCCAGCCUCCCUUGCUUUCCGCACAUCCGCUGUAACUGAAGCUGUCAAUGACUUGGAUGAUGCUUUUCCACCGGCAGACCCAUCCUCCCUGGGCAUGCUUCCCAUCACGCCCGCGCUCAUUGCGGCCUUCCGUGGGUCCCUGCAUGCAUAUCGUGUUCGGCUGCGGUUCUCCUCUGGAUCAUGGGAAGCCUUAGCAGACCACGCGAAAGGCGAUGCCGAGCUUGCAUAUGACAUAACGCUAACAUCUGAGACAGUAUAUAGACCGGAAAGUCUUCCUGCGUUGGUCAGGACGUUGAAGGGCGCAUGUUUAGGAUGGGGAGUGAGAGGAAGGAGUGAAGGCGGAUUGGUGAAGGCGGUGUUGGAUAAGCUGCACGACGAUCUAGGCGAGCAGGACGGAAAGGAAGGGACAGCAAGGCAAGACUUGCCACCCCUAUGCCUGGUUGCCGCAAAGCGCGUUUAUUUUGGCGUUGGUGGGGGAGUUGCAGAGUUUAUUCGUGCGGUCGAGUCUUCUAGUGUGACGGAAGGCGAGGACGGCUGUAAAACUAAAGGCAAAGUUGACACGAUAUGGGAGCAGGUUGAGGGCGUGAAGAGGGUGGUCAUGCGAGUAACAUGGGCAUAG